AUGUUGCAGGAAAAACUGCUAAAGAAAAUGGAUCCUUUAUGGCUAAUGACUCAGGAUAUUCAAGAUAAUCUAAAUGAAGAAAUUAAUAAAUGUCAGUCCUUUGUGGACUAUGUAGUCUUAAGGAAGAACAUGAUCCAAGUUCAAUAUCAGAUGAUGCAUAACUUUCUCCUGGAGGAGGAGCGAUUUCAACUGAAGACACUAGAAAGAGAAGCACAGGAGAUUUUUCAACAACUCAGAGACAGUGAAAUCAGAAUGGCCCAACACAGGGAAAGGCUGAAGGAAAUGUACAGGGAGCUGACUGACAUGUGCCAUAAGCCUGACAUGGAGUUGCUCCAGGUGACCAGGGAGGGUCCAUCCUUAGAGAGAGGAAUUCUUGUCUGGGCAAUGUUGCCUGCAGAGCCCACUGUGCUCAGCUGA